UCACAAACAGUUUAAGACAAAUUAGCUAGCUAGAAAACUGUAAGUUAGAGAGAAUGCAAAGUAGAAAGAUUGAGAUAGUUCACAUGGAACUCAUUAGACCUAUUACUCCCACUCCCAAUCACUUAAGAUGCUUCAAAUUCUCUCUUUUGGAUCAAAUGGCAUUUCCCUCUUCUGUUCCUUUAGCUCUAUUUUAUCCAUCUCCAUCUUCAUAUGGUGAUGAUCAAUCCUAUUCAUAUGAGCAAUCAAGGGCAAUCAAUUCAUCAAGAUUACUUGUUUUGAAGAAAUGUUUGAGUGAAACUCUUGCUCGCUUUUACCCUUUUGCAGGACGAAUUGAAGAGAACUCAAUUGAAUGUAAUGACGAUGGUGUACCCUUCUUCGAGGCUUUUGCCCAUAAAUAUCGGUUGGAAGACGUUCUUAGAAAGCCCGUUAUGGAUGUACAUUUUCUUCCCCAUGUUGAUCAAAAGUGGUCGUACUUCCAUCAUGCAACUUUUCCACUAGUUGUUCAAGUCACCCUUUUCGAAUGUGGAGGUAUGGCUAUUGGUGUAUGUGCUUCUCACAAAAUUAUCGAUGGUGCCACGUUGUACACCCUCAUCGAUGCAUGGGCAGUCAUUGCGCGUGGCAACCCAGCUAGUAAUUCAUGUGUGGACAUUCCAGAAUUUGUUGCUGCUUCAACAUUCUUACCAGAACCUAUUCCUCAUGUUUCUCCCAGCUUGUCUAAUAUAGUUGAAUUAUUCCAAGCUUCUUUUGAUAAUCAACAUGUAACUAAAAUUUUUUCCUUUGAUGCAUCUACUAUAGCGUCGCUCAAGGCUAACGUCGUGAGCGACGCUGUAUCAAAGCCCACACGUGUCGAAGUCGUGUUCGCUGUGACGUGGAAAUGUUUCAUGACAACAUCAACAAAAACAGGAACAUCGUCGCGCUUGUUGUACAACGUCAAUAUACGAAAGCGGCUUGUCCCCCCCUUGCCUAAUCACUGUGUGGGAAACGUUGUUGCAAUGACCACCGCAUACAAAGGUGAGAACGAUGGUUGUGAUUUAUCCACCCUUGUUUCUUGUAUUAGAAAAGGAAUUUCAGAUUUGAGUUCCAAAUAUGUGGAUGAAUCGAGACAAGAUGAGGCAAUUUUGGCCAUUCCUCAAGAUAGCUUGGAACUAGCACUUGCAUUUUUUAAAGGGGAGAUAGAGUUGUAUAUUAAUAGUUGGUGUGGCUACAAAUUUUAUGAUGUUGAUUUUGGUUGGGACAAACCUUUAUGGGUUAGUUCAAUCAACCUGCCAGUCAAGAAUUUUAUUCUACUGAUGGAUUCAAGAGAUAGUGAUGGAAUAGAUGCAUGGGUGCAUUUAAAGGAGAAAGACAUGACAGUUUUUGAGCAACAGCUAAUUGACCAACUAGCAAUUGGAUCUGCCAAAUAAUUGAACAUGUUGUCAAGGGUCGUUACGGGUGUGUUUGGUAAGAAGGAAUUUUUUUUAAAAAAAUAUUAAGUAAUUUUCUGAUUACUAAAAAAUAAAAACUAUUUUUCUUGAAAAAAUAUUUUCAUUAAAAAUGAAAAAAAUAACUUUCUUCUUCUGUGUUAUUCUCUGUUAGUCAAUUUGAAAUAAUUUCUGAAUGUUAGAGACUAUUCGAUAGUAAAAUAAAGUUCUGCAAAAUUUCUUUUGAAAAAUAUACUAUUUUUCAAAAAUAUUUUCCUUCCUACCAAACACAUGUAUAAUUUCAUACAUAAAGUUAGACGCACUUUGAGAAUUCAUAUGUAUAAUUUCAAUAGUUUGGACUUCGGGAUUGUGAUACUAUUGUUGUUGUUUUUAUUGUAUAUGAAUAAAAUCUAAAUAAAGCAUAUAUCUAUUUGAGCUUUUAAA